AUGCCGCAGUACGGCUUGGUUGGCGAUUCGAGCCUAUAUUGCAAGAACGGCAAGAAGGUGAGGCGGAUUGGGUCCCAAUUGCAACAACAGUUGGGAACCAAUGACCUUUGGUACCACGCCGUCGCCAAUGCGGGCGUGCACGAAAUCCUCCAGAUGUUGAAGGAUACCCGCUUGACCUUCGGUACGCUGGGCAUAAGUUACUUCGGCAACGACGUCACGGAAGGGAGAAUCCGCCCGGAGGUUAAAGCUGCCUGGCAAGAGCUGCUGGAGUUGGUGGAGGACAAGGCUGACAGGGUGGUGUUCGUGGUGGGGGGCAGCUCCUG